AUGCAAUCCGCCUUCUCAAAGACACUCAAUGAUGUAAAAACUAAAGAUGGUUCUCUCUGCCGGGUCCUUAACAGUUCACAGACUUUUAACGCUACGCCCACGUCUCUCUUAAUGGGCACUAGCAGCAGCAAGUCUUCACGGUCAAUAGGAAGUUCUAAGUCAAGUUCUGUGAUGCAUGAGGGUCUGGAGAACAAGACUCGCAAACACACCCCGUCCCGUUGCUUUCAACGACCCCUUGCUUCGGAUGCGGAUGGUGGGAGAUUUAUCCCCAACAGACAAGCCAUGGACAUAAACCGCGCGCAGUUCAUGCUGAGCCAAUCAUCCCUGAUGGCCGAUUCAGUCAACGAAACCCAUAAUGCCUCAACUAUAUCGGGGCCUGAUGGAAGUAACAGUGUUAGUGCCAACAGCGUCAACCGUUCUACGGAGGACAGAAUUCUCCAGUACCAGUUAUCGCGACCAACGGUUCCUCUUCGUGAACCCACGGAAGUGAAUCCUCGAGCCAACCCCCCGAAAGCCACCAGAUUAAUUCCUUCGGUUCGUUACUUCUCUUUGAAUACCAUCCUGCUUCUGACGCGUAUCUUCAGAGUUGAGAACUUCUCUUCCGCGUUGUGUGUCGGUGGCCUUCGGGUCGCUCAUAAUAUUAGGUGA